AUGGCUCCUAAGAAAAUUCAUAGUGAAAGUGCUAGGCGUUAUGCUAUAACACUGGAAGAUAAACUGGUUAUGAUAAAACGCCAUGAAAAAGACGAAAAAGUGGUAGCAAUUGCACAAUCUUUUGGGAUGAGUCAGACAACUGUAUCAACAAUUGUACAUAUUAAAGACAAGAUUUCAGCACAUAUCAAAUUUGAAGUCCCAGGGAUGAAGAACACUGUCAUCAAUAAGAAGAGAGGCAAAAUCUUUGAAGAAACAGGAAAUCUUUCUCUUUGGAUUGUUGGGUUGAAUCGUCAGCGUGCUGCUAUUAGUCAAGAAAUCAUUCAAGAGAAAGCAUUGUCUUUGUUUUAG